UUAAAGGGGAAGUACACCGGUUCCAGGAAGGCAGCAUGGCUGCUGCAAGGGGAGCAGAGGCAGAGCAGCUCCGGGUGCAAGAGGCCGUCGACGGCAUGGUGCAAGGGCUGGAGCGGGGCAGCAUCCGGAAGAUGCAGGGCAUCAUGUUCCGGUGCAGCGCAAACUGCUGCGAGAACGACAAGGCCUCCAUGCAGCAAGUGCACCAGUGCAUUGAGCGCUGCCACGCUCCGUUGGCCCAGGCGCAAGCAGUGGUCACCCAAGAGCUGGAGAGGUUUCAGGACCGCCUGGCUCGCUGCACCAUGCACUGCAAUGACAAAGCCAAGGACGCCUUUGACUCGGGCAGCAAGGAGCCGCAGGUCAAGUCCCAGCUGGAGAACUGCGUCUCCCGCUGCGUGGAGGACCACCUCAGCCUCAUCCCCAGCAUGACCAAGAAGAUGAAGGAAAACCUGGCUGGGAUUGCACAAUAGAAAAAAAAAAGGGGGGGAAAGGCAGAAGGGAUUGCAACGGAGAUCCCAACGGAGCUGGCCGCAAAUGCAGAAGCAGGCAACAAUGCAAAAGAGUUGGUGGCGGAUUUCCUUACAGUGCAGAAACUCUCCUGUGAUGGAGGGGAGGGGAGGGGAGGAAAGAAAUGGCCCUUUUCUUUUGGUGCUGUCCGAAAUCCCGUACCUAACCCAUGGUACGCAAAAUUAAAAAUAGGUAUGGAUAUAUCCACAUCUCCCCCGCAAAAAAACAAAGCAAAGGUGCAUCCACACUGUAGAGUUAAUGCAGUUUAACGGCAAUUUUACUGCCAUGGCUCAAUGUGAUGGAAUCCUGGAAGUUGUUUGUCAGUGAAUCCCCAAUUUGCCUGGCUGGAGGCCUUUCAAAACUGCAAACUCCCCGGAUGCCUUUGCAUCAAGCCACUGGAAUUUAAAGCAGUAUCAAACUGGAUUAAUUCAACAGUGUAGACUUAAAUGCUGCACAAGUGCAAUGAGAGCGAAGACGCCCUUAGAUUGUGCAGACGGCCAUUCAAGAUGGAGAAUAUGAAUGAAAGCUGUGAAAUGUAUAGCUGCUCAGAGGCCAUUCUUAUGCAUUCGGUUGCAUUUUGUUCCAAUGGGAACGACUCCUGGGACUGACAAAAAUCACCAACGCUGUUCCGGUUUCCUAUAUUUUCCUCCUUCCCUUUAAACUGAAAUAUUUUCUAAAGAAUUUAAAUAAUAAUAAAAAACAUGAAAACUCUA